AUGUCUGCGCUGAAAACUUUCCAGGUGGACGUUCCGCUGUGUGAGCAAGAGUAUCUUCGGGAUGAACCCUUUCAAGAUAUUACACACUUGGCUGGGAAGCUGGAGAAACUGAAGCGUGUAUUUAUGAAAUAUGACCGGUCCAGCGAUGGAGAAAUAGAUUAUGUUACAUUACACGCUAUGGCUCAGGACCUUGGUAUCAUCACAACCGUGGCCGAACUUGAGAAAAGAGUGCAGGAUAUAACCGGCAAUACGAAGAAUGCCCUGUCCUAUAAAGACUGUGCCAUGGCCAUUCUGGGACGCCGCUCUACUAUGUGCCAGAGGAUAAGGAGUUUCAGUGGACAAGAUGGAGAAUUUGAGAAGCGUCCCUGCUGGUUGGAUCGGGUCUUCCUGUCCUAUGUCAGUCACUUAGAAUUUACCCUAUCUCCGAAUCUUCUGUCUCCGAUCGCCUUCCUCCCCCCUCCUCCACCCCCGUCUCCUGCUGACUCUGGAGCCAUGGAAAACACACAGACCUAUCCCGCAGCAUGAACAU